AUGACUUUUAAAUUACCAAUGAUACCAGGAUUUCAAACUUCUAACAAAGAAAUCAAAACGAGAUAUCCGAAGACGCCAGAUUUUGACAUUAUGAGCGGUGUACAUAUUAUCAGAUCAUUACACGUCAAAAAUGAAAAGAAAUGCAAUUCUGUUUUUAAUUCUACUACUGAUCUCGAAGAAACCAAAAAACCAACUUGGCUAGUAUUUGAUAAACAGAACCUGACAUUUGAUGCAUAUUUCAAAAGUACGGCGAAUGAGAGUUUUGGCUGUGCCUAUAAUUUAAGAAAAUGCAAAAUAAUUUAUUUUCUUGAAGAUGAUACAAUUAAAGUAGUUGAACCCGUCGUCAUCAACAGUGGUUUACCACAAGGAUGUUUAAUAAAACGACAUAAAAUUCCGUUAUCAAAUAACAAAAACGACUACUAUAAACUAUUAGAUUUAAAUGUCGGAGUUACUGUGGAGUUUUAUGGAAAACAGUUUAAAAUAAUUGGCACUGAUAGUUUCACUAGAGAUUUUUUGAAAAAAACAGGCGUUGAUGUACCUGAAAACUUGUCAAUGCCUGAUGACCCAUAUUUUACUCAAAGAGAAAAAACACCAAAAAAAAAACAACCAGCGAGUAAAAUAAUGUCACCCAUCUAUAAACAAGCUCAAGGAUUCGAAGGAAUUUUAAAUUUUAAAGGUUUUUGGGAUGAUCGUUACAAUGUUGAUGGUGACUUACACAUUUUGGAAGUUCGUUACUUUUUGGUAGAUGAUACAAUACAGAUCGUUGAACAUAAUUCAGAUGGUGGUUUAAAAACAUUUCUCAAAAGACAAAAACUUCCAAAAGAUCAAAUGUAUGUAAAACCACCGGGUUUUAGUGAACAAAAUGAUUUAUUGAAUGUAUUGGCCAUAAAUUCAACGAAUCAAUGGUUCGCUUUUGAUCCUUUGGGUAAUUUAAGUGAUGUACAAGCCUCUUAUUAUCAUUGGUCAAAUCUAUACGUGGGAGCUGAAAUUGACGUUUAUAGCCGAAAAAUAGUUUUGUCUAGUUGCGAUGAGUUUACUAAGCAAUAUUAUUCAGAUUAUGGGUUGAAUAAUUUUCCAUCUAAUGUUGACACUCCGAAAGUAAUAGAAGAGAAAGAAAAAUUGAAUAUUCCAACUAUACCAGUAUGUCAUGAUGAAAAUGUUUUAAAUAAAUUAAUUAGUCAUUCAAAAAUAGAAGCUUUAGUUUUUAAAGCAAAAAUUGUACCCAAAGAACCGAAUAAUUUAAAUCGAGAAUUUAUCGUAAAAUGUUUUUUAAGUGAUCAAAGUUUUUCUGUUUCUGAAAUGAACUUACAGACUGCUGGCGCAAUAGGUUGUAGAUUUUUUUCAAAACGAAAAAUUCCAAAAGAGAAUCCAAAUGACUUUAACGUAAUAUUUAAAUUAUAUGUUGGCGUUAAAUUGAUAAUUGAUGGUUUCCAAUUUGAGUUUGUUGAUGUCGAGGAUAGGACGUUAAGGUUUAUGAUGGAUCAUCCAAAAGAAUUUCCACAUAGUGACGUUCAUUAUUUAAUGAAUCAAAUAUCAAAAGUAACACAAACUGAUAUUGAUACAUUACACAUAAAAUAUUUACAAAAUAAAACCGAAAUUGAAAGAAAUGAAUUUAUCGAAAUAAUGCUGAACGAAUUUCCAAAUUUUAGUCGCCAUGGCAUGUUUGUUUUGGCAUUACAGUACAAAAAGCACGAAAAGUACAAAGAAGUAUCUGACAAUUUAUUCAGAAGCAUUUUGCAGGAUGAGUUGAAGCGAGAAUUGUUUGUAGGUUUCGACGGACUUGAAAUUAAUUUCAAACAAAGAAACUUGGAUAAAAAGGACGGAUAUCUUGAACGCAGUAGUGCAUUUAAAGCUUUAAAAAGUGCAAAACUACCAUUUUCCACCGAAAUUAUAAAUAUGUUAUUAGACAGAUUUGCUCAUCGCGAGACAAAUAAAGUGAAUUAUGUAGACUUGCUGGAGUAUUUAAAUUAUACUAUAAACCCUACUCACGGAUCACAAGGUUUAUCGAAGGACAUAUUAUUAUACAGGAAACCAAACGAAGCGUUUAUCAGAGUCGACGAGUUCGUCAACGAUUUACGGAAAUUAUUAUAAUAACAGUAUAUACAAUAUACAUGCAUAUGGGUCCCCCACUCAACGUUUAUAUUGGUUUC